GCAGGCAGGCUGUUGGAAAUAUGUCACGUCUCGCGUUGCAGGUUUUUUUUUUUUUUUUUUUGCGUUAUGGCAGCACGCACGCAAGCAGUUUGUCGUACGGUUCCGUCAUUUGUUCGACAUGUUCAACACGAUGAUGUAAACGGUUUCAGCCUUAAAUCAGAGCCGGAUGACUGAGCAAGGACCGAAAACUGAUGAGGACUUAGAAAUGGAAAUGGAUGAUAAUGGUCCACAGACCUCUCGCUGUGAUACAAGAUGGUCACAGCAACUGUCAGGCCUUCCUCACAAGCUCCUGCAGCGCCUGAUGCCUUUCCAAAGGGAGGGAGUGGAGUUCGCCCUAUCCAAAAACGGACGAUGUAUGAUCGCCGAUGAGAUGGGUCUCGGGAAGACGGUGCAGGCCAUCGCGGUGGCGUACGCCUUCAGGCAGGAGUGGCCUCUCCUGGUGGUGGUGCCCUCGUCCCUCAAAUACCCCUGGAUCGAGGAGCUGGAGAGGUGGAUCCCCGAGCUGCAGCCCGGAGACAUCAAUUUGGUGGAGAGCAAGAGCGACACCAUGGGCAUCAGGGGCAGCAAGGUGACGGUGUUGGGCUACGGCCUGCUCACCACAGACGCGCGCCCCCUGGUGGAGGCCCUGAGCAGGCAGCGGUUUGCGGUGGUGGUCGUGGACGAGUCGCACUACCUCAAAUCCAGAAACGCCGCGCGGACGAAGAUACUCGUUCCUCUGAUCAAGAGCGCCAAGCGGGCCGUCCUGCUCACCGGUACCCCUGCUCUGGGUCGACCUGAAGAGCUUUUCAUGCAGAUUGAUGCCCUCUAUCCCAAGAGUUUUGGAACCUGGACCGACUACGCCAAGAAAUACUGCAACGCACAUUACAGGUGUUUCGGGCCUCGCAGGCUGUGGGACUGUCGCGGCGCCUCCAACCUGCAGGAGCUGCACCAACGGCUCAGCCAGAUCAUGAUCCGCCGCCUCAAGGCUGAGGUGCUCAGUCAGCUGCCCCCCAAAAUCCGCCAGCGCAUCCCUUUCGAGCUGCCGAAGGAGGCUGCAAAGGAGGCCACGGCCAGCUUCGCGCAGUGGGAGAGGCUGAUGAAGGGCCUGGGGUCGGGGGCCGUCGCCACGGACAACCCCUUCACCGAGGUCAUGAGCCUGAUCACGCAGAUGUACAAGCAAACAGCCAUCGCCAAGGCGGGAGCUGUGAAGGACUACAUUAAGAUGAUGCUGGAGGCAGAGCAGCUGAAGUUCCUGGUGUUCGCCCACCACCUCACCAUGCUGCAGGCCUGCACCGAGGCCGUCGUCGAGGCCAAGGCUGCUUACAUCAGGAUCGACGGCAGCGUGCCAUCGUCAGAGCGAAUCCAGUUGGUCCACAAGUUCCAGAGUGACCCGGACACCAGAGUGGCCAUCCUCAGCAUCCAAGCAGCUGGUCAGGGUUUGACCUUCACCGCUGCCAGCCACGUGGUGUUUGCCGAGCUCUACUGGAACCCCGGCCACAUCAAGCAGGCCGAAGAUCGCGCCCACCGCAUCGGGCAGACCUGCUCCGUCAACGUGCACUACCUCAUCGCCAAGGGCACCUUUGACACCGUCAUGUGGUCCAUGCUCAACAGGAAGGAAACUGUGACGGGCAGCACUCUGAACGGGAGGAAGGAGUACCUGAAGGCCGACGUGGGCGACAGGGACAAAUGGGAGUUCCUCAGCUUUGCCGACGCGUGGACGCCGGGCGAGAUGGUGCUGCCGCUGGAGGGAAGCUCGGACAAAGACGACGUGUUCUUCACCCACUUUGAGAAAGACAAGCAGCACGACAUCCGUUCCUUUUUCUCCCCGAGCGCCAGCCAGGAGGAGAAGAAGAAGAAGAGGAGGAGAACGGAAGAUGAAGGAACAUCUCCCUCCAUGUCCUCGGAGACGCCCGCCACGCCAGCCGGCAGUGGAGCCGACUCUGAACGGUCCUGUUCCCGGGCUUCCGUCUCACCUGACCAGGACUUCUCCCCUCAGCUGAAGAGGCUGCGGGUGCCGCAGACCAGCCCGAGCCCCGGGUCUCAAUUCGGGGGCAGACGGAGGUCCUCUCUGGCCUCCUUGAUGGCCCCGCGAAAGCUGUCGGAGCCUGAUCCUGGUCCGGUUUGGAGCUGUGGGGCCUGCACCUACUCCAACAGCGGCCUGCUGCCGUACUGCGAGAUGUGCGAGUUCCCGCGUUCUUCCUCCGCCGCCGCCGGGUCAGAGCCACCCAGGCCUCAGCAACCCCCUGCAGCCGAGACGGACCAGGCGUGCAUCGUCCUCUCCAGCUCCGACAGCGAGCCAGAGCUCAGCCGGGGAAAAGCCCGGCCUCCGAAAUCACACAAAGACAAACAGAGCGAGGAGGAGGAGGAGGAGGAUGAGCCUCCGAAAGACAAACAGAAACUAGGAGAAGCAGAGGAAGAGGACAAGCGGUGGCUCAAAGGCAAACAAUCAGCGGGGGAGAGAGGCGACAACGUCGCUGGCGGUGGCGGCUGCCUCCCCCCUGACCACACACAGGACCGGGGAGCUGUGGCGUGUUUGUCUUCGGCUGCUGAUGCUAAUGACGAUGAUGAGGGCAGCGGUGGAGAAGACGCCGGCGCCGCCCAUCCCGUCUACCCCGGCCUGCAGUUCUGCGCCAGCCAGCACACAGACCGAAUAUAUCUGUACUCCAAGGACGGAGCGCCGCUGAACUUGAGCUUCGUCCCUCUGGACAUCAAACUAACCAACUGGGACGACCUGCCCGAGGCCUUCAGCCGGCGCCGGGAAAAUCGAAUACAGGUGCUGAGGUUUGUCCAGGAGUGGAGCAGCCUGGCAGCCAUGAAGCAGAAGCUGCUCCGACGCAGCGGCCUCCUCUUCCACAGCCCCACCCUGGGCUUACAGCAGCUGGCCGCCACCCAACGCCCUCACUCAAGCACCAAGAGGUACCUCAGCCGAGAGGAGGUGGCCCAGGCUUCCCUGAGCACGGCCCAGCGGGAGGGAGGCAGCGUCCGGCUGGUCACAAAGGAAAACUUCUUCAAAAAGAGGAGGUCCGCCUCUUCUACAGCACCGCCAGCUGCAGAGAGGCCGGACGAGCGUUCCCCUACGACGGCGGACGAGCAGCCGUCGUCGGGCUUCCUGCAGGCUGUGGACAGUCGGGGCGUCCCUCUGUGCCUGACCUGCCAGCAGGCCUGCCCGACCACCGGCGGGGCGUGGGAUACUCGAUUCUGCAGCCACAGGUGCCAGGAGGAGUUCCAGCUACGCUCCAGCCAGACGUACAUGCGCUCCCGGGUGCUGGAGGCGGAGCAGGGCGUCUGUCAGCACUGUGGCCUCCACGCCCAUGACCUGUUCCUGAAGGUCCGCGACGCUCCGCCCUCCCAGCGCAAAGACAUGCUGGAGAGCACUUGGCUGGCCCAGCUGUCACUCAAAGAGCUGAACGAGAUGAUCCGAGCGCCGGUCGAAGGGGAUUUCUGGCAGGUCGACCACAUCCGGCCGGUGUACAGCGGAGGAGGACAGUGCUCUCUGGACAACCUGCAGACGCUCUGCACCGUCUGCCACAAAGCCAGGACGGCUCAGCAAGCCAGAGAACGGAGCCAGAGGAGGAAGAGCGCUGCCGCUUCCAAGGUUGCGUCAGACAUCAGCAGGUUCUUCAUCAGGAAAUGAAAAGGCAGAAAGGUUUAGUAAGGGGCUGUUGAUUCAGUUUGGAUAAAGAUGUGUCGAGUUUUCUCACCGAGUUAAGUAUCAGACGUACCCCCGCCAGAUGUUUCCUUUGAGUCUCUUAAAUAUUCUGCCUCACUUUCUCACGAUAUCGUCGGCGUCCUGCCGGACCAAAUUACAGAGGAAGGUGAAAUGGUGCAGAUUUACCUGAAAAACAGCGAAGACUGCAUCAAAUGCAAAUUCAGCCAACUCCCCGCUCGUCCCCGAACCGUCACAAGUGCGCCGGUUUUGAUUUAUGACGGCCCCCUUUUUUUGCUCGAGGCUGAAAUGGAGCAGGUUGUUUAGAGAGAUGCUGCUAUUUUGAGAUUUUGCAAACUUGGUGAAAAGUAGCAGGUGAGAGAUGAAUUGGGGGCUUUGUGAUUAAAACUCUACAGCAGCAAACACA